CGCACGAUCCUUUUUAUUUCCAAACCUUGUAAUUUGGCGGGUUUUUGCGACACGCUACAGUGGUGUGGCGCGGUGUGUAUGCAAAACCGUCUAGUCGAAUGGCGUUCCAAGAUAACCUGACGUGUAUACUUUUUAUUUGGCUUAACUUUAUUGACGUGAGCAGUUUUCAGACAUCUAAAGAACAUAAAAGGUUUAAUUCAGUGGGCUCUUUUAACAAAAGAGCAAUGGAGUCAUAUGAUACAAAAUCUACAGCACAAGUUGGGCGUCUUCUCAUUUCUCAACCUUCAAAUUAUAACAUUGAUGGUGACCUCAACUCUCCCAAUCGACCCCACAACUACGAGAACGGAUAUCAUUCAGGUGAUGCAGGCUGGGUGAAUAUGCAACCACUUUGGGGGCAGGAUUACGGUCUGAAUACCCUGCAUGUGCCAGCAGUGGAUAGGCUACUUGGAAUGAGACCAAAGGUUGAUUGUACCGGAGAUUUGAUGAAACUGAUAGUUCAUGGAAGUGCUGCGUCUUUAGGGUCCAACUUUCUGAUUGACCGAGGAGGCAUUUCACCGCUUCCUUUGUCACAGUUACCCUCCGAAUGUGGCCAUACAUUGCUAAGAACAUGGAGGGACUUUGUUUUCAUCAUACCAUUUAAUGGAUGUUACGUAUCUCAGGAGAGAGACAUGCACAUACUUCCGUUACUUUGGUGGGGACUGCCUAUAAAAAUGUCUUGUUCUUCACCGACCUUGGCACAAAGUACCCCAGCUGUGUCUUGCUACACUAACGGCAUGAUUGUGAAGCUACCGGGAGACACAUCUAUGAAGCUGAAGGUCAAAGUGAUGAAUGAAUGGCUUUCUUUAAUGAAAGCAUCAGCCAAAUGUGGAUACAGCUUGGUGUCGCAUCCAGACAGUGUUGCCAUUCAUGCCCCAUAUAUGCCAUGCACUGAGGCAAAGGAUGGGAUGUUCACGCUCAGCAUGGCAGCAGAGAGAGCGUUUAAUCUAUCUUGUCCCGCAUUGUCGCUCAGUCUUCCUAUGAUUGAGUCUGAUACUUCAAUACCACUUUAUCCUGUUUUGCCAACUCUUGCUCCUGCCACCACCGCUAGCAGUACAACUUCUCAGCCAGCAGUCACAACCAUGCAACCAUAUUUUAAGCCCGUACCUCCAAAAUACCCUUUUCUAAUUUUUCAACCUAUUGUCCCACCAACAGUUGUUCCUCAGUAUCCUAAAGUUGUUGCUCCUUUGCCUGUUACCCAGUCCCCACAACCACCUCUUCAACCAAAACCUUAUGACCCCAAACCACCUCAAAUUUGGUACCCAUGGUACCCCAAGCCCACUCAGAGUUUACAGCCAAAAUACCCAGUAAAACCUGUUCUGCCUCCAACCAAGGCGGACCCCAAACCACCUCAAAUUUGGUCCCCGUGGUACCCCAAGCCCACUCAGAGUUUACAGCCAAAAUACCCAGUAAAAUCUGUUCUGCCUCCAACCAAGGCUCCUAAACCCCCUAAAAUUCCCAUGGAUGACAGAUUAAAACCUACAAGUAUUCCUCAUGUGAAAAUCACACCUGUGGUCCCUUUUGGGAAAUGGGUGCCCAUGUAUCCUCCUAGCAAGCCGGUGUAUCCAAGAAAACCUGACGUUGUUGAUACCCCCUUAGAGGCCUAUCAAGUCCCCCACUGGCUUUAUCCUCCCCAAUUCUGGCCAAAACCUCAUGAGCCUCCUCUAUCAAAACCCUCUAAACCUGUAUUUGCACCACCCAUGCCCAGCCCCACAAGAAAGGCAGAACCAGUUAAACUCCAUAUUCCAUUGUAUGAACCCUUCCCACGGCCUCAUUUAGACAUUCCACCUGUUCCUACAAAAGUACCGCAGGUUACUACAGUGUCCCCUCCACAUACUAAAGCUGCAAAGCCACCUUCCAAGCAUCCUGAUUCCCCUGUUAAGGGCCCUCCUAGCAUGCACUUUGAUUUUGCUCCAGACACUUCCCCCAGCCCUGCACCUUGCAAAAUUCAUGAUAAAGUUGUUCACGACCCUACCCCUCCAAAGGCUCCCAAGUCUUACUAA